AUGUCCCCCAGCCCAACAUAUUCGUUGGCAGACGUACUUGCUGUUGCACGAAUACAUCCGUUCUACAGUUCAGCUCAGUACCCACCAGACGAUGACACCAUCCAGUUUGCAAGAGAGGAAGCGGCAACGAAGUACGAAAGAGCUGAUUUAAAGUCGUGGCCGUUGCUUCGGAAAACCAAUUUCGUAAUUGAACGGCUAAUCAACGACACCGACGCGAGAAACACGUAUCGCAACAAUGCCUACACCAGCGUUACGGGUGGUGGAGGAAGUCUGUCAAAACCAUUGUUCUUCGCGACAGAUGCGCUCGAGAAUCGUCGGCAUAGGGCCUUCUUUGGUGAGUAUCUGAAGAAGAUAGGCAUCAUUGAGCGUGGGGACUGGGUUCUGUCGAUGCAUGACAGCGGCAACUUAUACAGAUCCCUAGAUCUAACUCUGGAGAUCCUGGAGAAUGCUGAAGCUUCUGUGCUAGGUGCCGGGCACCAAUGUCCGCCUGACAGGGUGGUACAGAUACUGCAAGACUUCAACGUCAACGUCCUCACUGGGGACAGCAGUCUGAUUGUAUCAAUUGUCCACCAUAUAUCGACCUUGUCGGACCUGAAGAAGCGUAUUAAGAUCGAUAAGGUAAUCUACACAUCAGAAGGGCUUUCUGCCAUACAAAGAGAGCAGAUCUAUAGAGUGCUGGGUCCGGUAACCAUAUACUCCAUAAUCGGAAGUGCAGAGGCCGGGCCGUAUGGAGCAAGCAGCCCUUUUCUCGUUGACUUUGAUCCUUGCUCGAACUAUAAUGACUUCAUUAUUGAUACACGGAUGGCAAUCAUUGAGAUCCUACCUCUAUCUUGCGCGGGGAGUGAAAGCGACAGGAUCCCUGAACCGUUGCCAGACGGAGAAACAGGUGUCAUCGCACAAACGGUUCUGACACGUCUACGCCACCCUGUGGUACGUUACAUAACUGGCGACAUCGGCUCCCUUCAUGCUCUACCACAAAAGGCCGUUGAUCGCAUCGCCAAACAUGAUCUACCUCAUUAUCGCAUUCUUCGCCUGCGAGGCCGCGACCACCGUUUCAGUUUCAUGUGGGACGGAAGCGACUUUCAGUUCGACAAGCUCAAUGACAUCUUAUCUGAUCCUCAGUCAGGGGUACUUCUGUGGCAGGUGAUACUAGACAAGAUGCAACCGUCACAAGAGGUUUCGUUGGAGAUUCGUCUGCUGAGUGGCCAGAGCUCGGGGGAUACAGUGCAGACCCUCUUAGACCGGCUAAAGGCUUAUAUUCAUUUCACUUCUUUGAAUGAGCAUAAAUUCAAGGUUACAUUUGUCAAUGAUGCUCUUGGGUUUGAGCUGAGCGGGACAGGGCGAAAGGUGAUUCGAUUUGUUGACCACUCUCUCUAG